UUUAAAAAAAAACUAUAGUCAGUGGCAAUCCGGUGGUAAUAAAUUUAAAAUAAUGCCUGGAUUGAAUCGUCCUUCGUUCUCUGAUGAUUCUUGGCCCUCCGAGUUUGCGAAAGGUGUUAUGGUUGGUAUGUUUGAUGCUGGUGUUUCCAUUGCUGCAAUAGCCAGACAUAUGGGGAAAGAUGUAUCUGUCGUGAAAGACAUUAUCGGCUCGUAUAAGCUGGGAUAUACAUCAUCUGAUGAGGAUUCUUAUGAGGAUUCUGAUGAUGAGAAUUCUGUUGAGGAUUCUGAUGAUGAGAAUUCUGUUGAGGAUUCUGAUGAUGAGAAUUCUGUUGAGGAUUCUGAUGAUGAGAAUUCUGUUGAGGAUUCUGAUGAUGAGAAUUCUGUUAACGAUUCUGAUGACGAGAAUUCUAUUGAAGAUUCUGAUGAUGAGAAUUCUGUUGAGGAUUCUUAUGAGGAUUCUGAUGAUGAGAAUUCUGUUGAGGAUUCUGAUGAUGAGAAUUCUGUUGAGGAUUCUGAUGAUGAGAAUUCUGUUGAGGAUUCUGAUGAUGAGAAUUCUGUUGAGGAUUCUGAUGAUGAGAAUUCUGUUAACGAUUCUGAUGACGAGAAUUCUAUUGAAGAUUCUGAUGAUGAGAAUUCUGUUGAGGAUUCUGUUAAGGAUUCUAACCGUUCUAAAGUGGACCGCUAAAAGAGGCAAAUGACUCCAAGGAUACAUAAGUGUGAAAAUUGGACUCACAAUCAGACUUUCCUUAAUGGAUCACAUUCCAAAUCAAUGAAGAAAUGGAACGUCUUUUUGUUAUUGUUAAAAAUUAUAGAAUAAUAAUAAUGAUUUAUCGAA